AUGGCUGCAAAGGACCACCCACAGCUGCUCCGGAGAACUUGCUCUCCGUUCCUAGGUCUUUCAGGAAAGCAGCAACCUGUGUUCACUCUACAGCAAGGACCGGUGGAGCUGACAGCAAUUAUACAGCUACUGGUGACUCAGUGCAGUUUUGAGGACGAUCAAGAGGCAGUGUGGAAGCUCCCUGGGGACAAAGAGUUUGUAUCGUGGCAGCAGGAUUUGGAGGACUCCGUAAAGCCCACACAGCAGGCCCGACCCACUGUUAUCCGCUGGUCUGAAGGAGGCAAGGAGGUCUUCAUCUCCGGGUCCUUCAACAAUUGGAGCGCCAAGAUUCCAAUGAUUAAGAGCCAUAAUGACUUUGUGGCCAUCCUGGACCUCCCUGAGGGAGAGCAUCAGUACAAGUUCUUUGUGGAUGGACAGUGGGUUCAUGAUCCAUCAGAGCCUGUGGUUACCAGUCAGCUUGGCACGAUUAACAAUUUGAUCCAUGUCAAAAAGUCUGAUUUUGAGGUGUUUGAUGCUUUAAAACUAGAUUCAAUGGAAAGCUCGGAGACAUCUUGUCGAGACCUUUCCAGCUCACCCCCAGGCCCUUAUAGUCAAGAAAUGUAUGUGUUUCGAUCUGAGGAGAGAUUCAAAUCCCCGCCCAUCUUGCCUCCUCACCUUCUCCAAGUUAUUCUUAACAAGGACACUAAUAUUUCUUGUGAUCCAGCCUUGCUCCCUGAACCAAAUCAUGUUAUGCUGAACCAUCUCUAUGCAUUGUCCAUAAAGGACAGUGUGAUGGUCCUUAGUGCAACCCAUCGCUACAAGAAGAAGUAAAUGCACGUCAAACAUUCAACACCGAAGGAGUCCAAACUUGAUGCUUGAGAGAUUCCUUGACUGCUCAGAUGAGCCCAGCCACACUGAGGGCACCCACAGGUCAGUUUAGUUACCUCCUGCUUUCCCAUACAAAGCUGAAGGCAGUUAUCUUUGGGUAUGUAGACCUCUUAGAUCCCCGUAUGAGGCAGUAGGGUAUGGUGGUGGUGUUUUGCUGGGAAUGCAAAUUGCUAAGUACUUUGGUGGUUAAUUGCUGAGAAUAAAUACUGCUUUAGCCACUUAAGGCCACCUUCUGCAGCAAAAGGCUUUUGUGGAGAACUUUUAUACUCCCAACCACUUUUUGAAUAGUGUGCCAUUUAAAAAAAUCCAGGCCAAAUCCUAUUUUAACCAACUCUUAGGAUCUAUGUCAUCUUCAGUUAAUCUAGAAUUUUGUUUUUUUCUAAUACCCAUUAAAUAAGUGGGCCACUUAGGGGGAUUCAAAAUCUUGGUGGUUAAUAAAGGAUUUUGUUGCACUCAUAUUUCUGGUCAACAGUAUUGAAAUGUAAUUGCCUAUAUGUUCAUGUAUGAAGAUUUUUGUUCAGGUAUGUCAGUCGAGGGGGCAGGAAAAGAGAUCCCUUCCAUUUCUUUCCAGCCAAAGGCUUUGUUGAAUUGGGUCUGGCUUUAGUGACAGUAGGUUUUGGUGCUGAUGACCUUCACAUCUUUCUAAUCAGGAAAGAUGCCGAGGGCGUCAGUUUCCCAAAUUCUGAGGUAAUCUCUCAGCCAGAUGUGACAUGGGAGCCUAACAGCUGGUAUGGAAGGUGUGGGUGAGAGGAACUGGAUGAUGGCUCCUUCAGUAUUGUUCCUUUUUAUACUGCUAAUACAUCCCAUGGCCCUGAGAAGCCGUGUCACGCUCUGUCCCCAAGAAACUGUUUUAGAAGGUAGAUAGGGAGGGAGGAAGGUAGCCCCAAGUAUAGCCACUCAUUCUUUUGUAUUGUUUAAAGGAAUAGUUUACUUUCUGCAGAAUGGAGUUUAGCAGAUUUGAGAAAUGAAUAAAAGCAAGAAAAAAUAUUUUUAGCUCUUUUGGGAGGGACUAUAGCAGUUUCACAAGAGUUAGAAGAAAAAGAAAAUAGCUCUCAGGAGGAUUAACCCUUAAAGAACUACAUCAUGGUUUUGGGAUUAUGGGGGGAAAAAGAAUGACUGAGUUGAGGAGUAAUACUAGAAAAAUAAAGACUUGAAUAACAGAACUAUCCUUUUAAAAAAAAUUAAAUCAGACACAACAUAUUGGUGUCCUUGGAUUUCACUGUAUAGAAUUUACUAUAAAAAACAUCAUUCCUUCACCUCUUGUUCCUGUUCUCUAUCCUUUUUUCUAUAUUCUGAUGCAACUUCAUUUGUCAGGUAGACUUUAUCAGGGUCUCAAGUCAAACAUUACCUAAAAUAAAUGUUAGGCAUCUUGCUGGUAUGGAGAAUGUUCAAGUCAUGCUUAGAGUUGAAUGGGAUUCAACCACUAUAAGCAACACCCGUGAAGGGCACACUUGGCCUUAAUAGUUUGGCUUUUUUAAACAAUGCUUACAUGGUUAAAAAAAAUCCUAUAAAAGAAGAAUCUAAGAGAAGUUCCUGAGAGAAUCCUGCAAACCCUGGCCCACUUACUCCCCUCCAAUUAUUUCUAGUCUCUUGUAGACCUACUGAAUCUGAGAUAAAACCUUUGAAAAGUAUUCGUACUCCAUGUUUGCUUGUAAAAUGAAGUUAAAUUUUGAAAGAAGUGUUACCUCCAGACUGGGCUUAUAUUAAUGUGGGCUAUAAAUGAAGGUGACAUACUAAUGAUAGAAUUUCCUGCUUUUAACUGGGGAAACAGGGCUUUUAAAAUUUUGACCUCAACUAAAAAUGAUAUGCAAUAGUCUCUGUUUGUGUGUGUUUGAAAUACAUUCUGUUCUCAAAGGUUUCUAAAUCCUCAUGUUCUAGUGAUUUGGGGCAUGGGCUUACUCGCAGAUACAGUUUGUUCCUACAUUGUUCUGACUCAUCCUUAAAGCCAAGUUCUUGCUGUCUUCUACCAGGGACUGCUGAUUCCAGUUACCAAUGGGAUGGUGGACCUGGGAGGGGACGGGGUUAAGGUCUGUCUUUUAAAAGUCUGGACCUAGGCAUUUGUCUGUUCUUAAGCGCCAUUCUCAAUUGGAGCUUGAAGGGCUGUGAUUUCUGCAAUGAACCCAAACUUUUGGAGUAAAAGAAUUUAUCUAUUUUUAAAUUUAAAUUAUAAGCAAAAAGAAAGAAGAAAAGAAAAAACUCAAAUCUGCUACUUAUGAACUCCAAUUCUUAGUAAUGGAAUCUCUCUAGGAUUCAUAUUUGGGCUUUGUCUUGAUUUGCUUUUCUCAAUUGAGCUUUGAAGUGAGUAAGUUUUGUUAAAAAUUGAAAUUUGUAUUGGUUUUAACAUUAAUUGGAAAUGGAUUGUGUGUAGUACAGUACUUUUGCAGUAAGAUUGGUAUGAAAUAUACUAAACACUGGAUUUUGUAGUCAGGUUAAAUGGUCAAGGGAUACCUACCAUCGUAUUAUGUAUUGAUCAUCUUACUUUUCUGUUUCCGUCUACAGAGCACUAACCUUAACCAGGUUCAGGUUUUAGAACAGCCAAGCUCACUGAUGUUAUUAAUUCUAAUUCCACACUGAGCCCCCUAUGUAAGACUUGUUUGAAUAUUGGUAAAUUGGAGGGUGUUGGUUAUUGUUAUACUGAAGCAUUUUGGAUUAGUGAAGUUCUGUCAUAAAGGGGAAAUAAUACUAUAAUUUGAAAAGAAUUAAAUAUGUGAGUCCCUUAAAUGGUGCUUUUUGUAACCUUUAGUGCUGAGGUGCAGAGCUGCUUUUCAAUAUUUCAUAGAGGAGUAACACACAAGAAUGGGUUUGAAAACUUUUCUCCAAAUGGAUUUUGUCACUGAGCUCUGAUGUGUCUGAAAAUUGUGAUGUUGCACAUGCAGAAAUUGUUUUUCUCCAUAAAACUGUUGAAUAAAAGUAUUAUGCAGCAAUA